UAACGCAGUUAGCACAGCAUUGUUGACCAUCCCUCGCAACCGGCAGGUAUUGAUAAAAGCAUUUAGAGGGCCAGGAAUGAUCUCGAUGUCUUCCUACAGCCUUUACGGCCCCCGCCCGUCGGAAACGCCGAGGUGGGCGGGGCCAUGUGACGUCAUAGAGCAGAGCGCGCGGUCGGAAUUCGGAAAUCCGGCAGCGCUCCAAGGUCCUUGCCAGAUACCCUGGUCCCAGCCGGUUCAGGAGGGCAUCCGAAUAGCAGGUGGACUCAGCCUUUUGUCGCUGCCAGUGGUGUCUGGAGGGGUUUGGGCUCAGGAAUUGCUGACACUGGAGGAUGUGGCUGUGGAGUUCAACUGGGAGGAGUGGCAGCUCCUGGAUCCUGCUCAGAAAGACCUAUACCGGGAUGUGAUGUUGGAGAACUUUAACAAUUUGGUGUCACUGGGGUAUCAAGCUACCAAAUCAGAUACACUCUCCAAGUUGGAACAUGGAAAAGAACCAUGCAUAACAGAAAAUGAAAUCCAGAAUAGAACCCGUCCAGGAAUUGGGAAAGUUGACAGUCAUCUGCCAGAGCACUCUCAAGACCAAAGACUUCCAAAGAGCCUGCAACAAUGCAGUGAACAGAAUGCAUUUAGAAAGAGUAUUCAUCUGAGCAAAACACGUUUAGCCCUAAUACAAAAUCAUACGUUUGACUUAUGUAGAAAAGCUUGGAAAUCAAGCUUAAGUUUAGUUAACCAGAAGAGAAGAUAUGAAAUAAAGAACCCUGUGGAGUUUAAUGGAGAUAAGAAAUUCUUUCUGCAUGGUGAUCGUGAACAGUUGUAUUCUGUAAUUGAAUUUCCUGACAGUAUAAAACACAUAAUUGCUAAGUUCCAAGUCCUUAAGCAUCAGAGGACUCACAAAAUAGAGAAAUCCCAGGCCUGCAUUGAAAGUGAGAAAACAUGCAUCAGGAAAUCUCAGCUUAUUUCUCAUGAGAGCAUUCAUAUAGGAGACAAACUCCAUCGGUGUGAUCUGUGUGAGAAAUCCUUCUCCAGAAAUGUCACGUUCACUAAACAUCAGAAAACUCAAACACAAGACAAACCCCAUUUAACCAGUGAAUGCAGAAAAGUCUCUACUGUGAAGAGCAGUCCCACUGUACAUCAGCAAACCCAAACAGGAGAGAAAUCCUAUAUAUGCAGUGAGUGUGGAAAAGGCUUCACAGUGAGGCGCUAUCUGAUUGCACAUCAGCGAACUCACAGUGGAGAGAAACCUUAUGUGUGCAGUGAAUGUGGGAAAGGCUUCACCGUGAAGAGCAAUCUCAUUGUGCAUCAGCGCACUCACACAGGGGAGAAACCCUAUGUAUGCAGCGAGUGUGCGAAAGGCUUCACUAUGAAGCGCUAUCUUGUUGUACACCAGCGAACUCAUACUGGAGAGAAACCAUAUUUGUGCAGUGAAUGUGGGAAAGGCUUCACCGUGAAGAGUAAUCUCAUCGUACAUCAGCGAUCUCAUACAGGGGAGAAAUCUUACAUAUGCGGUGAAUGUGGGAAAGGCUUCACUGUGAAACGCACUCUCAUUAUACAUCAGCGAACUCACACGGGAGAGAAAUCUUACCUAUGUAACGAAUGCGGAAAAGGCUUCACCACAAAGCGCACUCUUGUUAUACAUCAGCGAACUCACACAGGAGAGAAACCCUAUGAAUGCAGUGAGUGUGGAAAAGCCUUCAGCCAGAAGAUAUGCCUCAUACAACAUGAGAGGUGUCAUACAGGAAAGACGCCCUUUGUAUGUACUGAGUGUGGAAAAUCCUAUUCCCACAAGUAUGGUCUCAUUACCCAUCAGAGAAUUCACACAGGAGAGAAACCCUAUGAGUGCAAUGAAUGUGGAAAAGCCUUCACCACGAAGUCAGUACUCAAUGUACAUCAAAGAACUCACACAGGAGAAAGACCAUAUGGAUGCAGUGAUUGUGAGAAAGCCUUCUCCCACUUGUCAAACCUUGUUAAACAUAAGAAAAUGCACAUAAGAGAAAUGAGUAGAUUCAGUCAAGUUGGAAAUUCCUUUAACAGAGAGGCACAGCUCAUUACUUACGAUUGAACAAGAGCCCUGUUAAUGCAGUGACUGGGGAAAUGCCUUCUGUGGCAGCUAAGACUUUGUUUAAACACCAGUGUUUCUAGCAG